UCUCUAGUCUCUCUCUCCUCUGUUUCUCUUCUCUGCGCAAUUCUUUGCCAUAUCCAGCAGCGGACUCUGCAUUCCAGCAGUGGUGGACCUUCAUAAAGAUAACAUAUCCUGCUGUAUCCAUAUAUAUGUAUAUAUAUAUGUACUCGCAGAUCUACAUGCACUGCUGUUCAUGAACAACCUUUCACCAUGGAUAACAGAGCGCUCGCAAUCGUCUUCCUCCUCAUCGUGUGCUCAACAGCCGAGGGACGGCUAAUUACCGGUGAGCGAGCGUCAGAUCUCGUCUCCGAUGGCGUCCACGAUGGAUCGGCCACUGCGCCGCUGCUUAUAGGCUUAAAUCCCUUCCGAUCGUCGGAGACCUGCGAGCAGACGUAUGGCUUCCUGCCGUGCACCACCACCGUUCUCGGCAACCUCUUCCUGAUCCUCGUCUACGGCUACCUCAUGUUCCGCGCGGCCACGUACCUCUCCACUGGAAGCGAGCUCUUGCUGGAGAUCCUCGGGCCUGGUCUCAUCGGCGGUCUCUUCCUCCCCAUACUCGGAGCUCUUCCCGAUGCCAUGCUUAUUCUCGUAUCUGGACUCUCUGGAACUACAGAGACUGCUCAAAGUCAGGUCUCAGUUGGAAUGGGCUUACUUGCUGGGUCUACGGUGAUGCUCCUUACAUUAAUAUGGGGAACAUGCAUGGUCAAUGGCAAGUGUGACAUCGAGAAUGAAGAUGCAAUGGAUGGAAAAGAUACCCGGGGAUUCAGCUUAACUGGUUCUGGUGUCAGCACCGACAUCUGGACUAAAUAUGCUGCAAGAAUCAUGGCUAUAUCUAUAAUUCCAUUUCUUGUUGUCCAACUACCACAAAUUAUGAAUUCUACUUCAGGAAGACACCUAGCCAUCUUGAUAGCGUUAAUUGUCUCACUGUUGUUGCUUGUUUCAUAUUGUCUGUACCAGGUUUUUCAGCCCUGGAUCCAACUGAGAAAACUUGAGUACGCAAGGCUUAAACAUGUAAUGUCAAGAAUUCUUAGGCAUUUGAAGAUGCGUGCACUAGGAAGGCUCCUCAAGGAUGAUGGUUCACCUAAUGAAAAAGUUAUACAGAAGCUAUUUACAGCAAUUGACACGGAUGGCGAUGGAUAUAUUUCAUCUCUUGAACUGAGAGCUUUCAUUGUUGGAAUCCGGUUCGAUGAGAUUAACUUGGAUCAUGACGGUGCCACGGACAAGAUGAUGAAGGAUUUUGAUACAUCCCGUGAUAUAAAAAUUGAUUGGCCUGAGUUCCGUGCAGGAAUCUCCAAAUGGCUUGAAGAGGCUAUACGCGCUGCUGAUGCCUCUCCUGUUCGGGCUGCUGGCCCCAGCACAAUUAAAUAUCUGGAUCACUUCCACCAGCAAACUAAGAGAGCACAUGACCAGUUGAAGUUUCGAAGGGACGAAGUCACUGAGGGCACUGAGGACGAAGUCACUGAGGGCACUGAGGGCGUUCAAAAUCCUAGAUCAACCUCUAUCAGAGCAGCCUUGUAUUUGCUGGUGGGGACUGCCAUUGCAGCCGCCUUCGCUGAUCCUCUGGUAGAUGCUGUCGAUAAUUUCUCUGAUGCCACAAGCAUCCCUACUUUCUUCAUUUCAUUUAUCGCCCUGCCUUUUGCCACGAACUCCAGCGAGGCAGUAUCAGCCAUCAUCUUUUCCUCCCGGAAAAAGGAGAGAUCAGCCUCACUGACUUUCUCGGAGCUAUAUGGCGCAGUAACUAUGAACAAUGUCCUUUGUUUAUCCGUCUUCUUAGCGCUGGUAUACAUCAGGGGACUGACGUGGGACUUCUCGUCCGAAGUUCUGAUAAUCGUCAUCGUAUGCCUUGUGAUGGGCGCAUUUGCAAGCUUCCGAACCACCUUCCCUCUGUGGACGUCUCUCGUGGCUUUCCUCCUCUAUCCAGUAUCCCUCGGGCUGGUGUACGUUCUUGAUUACGUCUUCGGCUGGUCUUAGUCUCGUAGAUUAUAACUAAUAGUCAGAACUGGAAUCUUCGACUUGAAUUUGAUGUCUUUUUUUUUUCAACCCUUUUUCUCGUUAAAGAGUACUGUGCGUACAUUUCAGCGAACAUACAAAAUUGUACCUCUUCCUGGACAUAGAGAAACCAAAGAAUCCAGACGGCGUUGCUUCACAUUGUUUUGUCCUUGAGGAAGCAUGAGCAUCAACUUGAAGUAUGUUGUUUCUUAUGGGUUCCUGAUGUUGCAUAUGAAUAAAUUCUGAGCUCUUAUUCAAGAGUUGUCUUCAUUUUAA